UGCCUUCGGGCCUCAAAAGGAAGCUUGCAGUGUGUGUUCCCGGGCCUCAGAAUCGACACGGUAGAUUCACCGUGUGAAUUUUCACAUUGUGACUUCGCAGAAGCGGGUACAAGACAUGUCUGCCACCUUCGGCGACAGCUAGUUCGGUAGAAAACACUGAAAUCUGUUUUUUCGAAUUGCGUGGUAGCUCACCGGCCCUUCGAUUCGAACCGCUUGGCAUCAUUCGUCAACAACGACGGCUCACCUGGUGCGCUGAAGAAAAUGUUGUGACAAAGGGUGGCCUGUUUUCCCCGCCUCCCGUAACGAGUGGUAUGUGCAUAUGGCGAGCGGUGACUCGUGUCUUGCGGGUGAAAGAGAGUCUUCGCCAACAACUGCGGUUGUUCCCAGCACAUAUGGCGUCUUCCGGAGCCCAGAUGCGGCGUUGCAGUCACUCACAUUUAGGUAUAAGAUAUGUAGUGUCGUCUUAAUUCAACACAACGCCAGAACCUCACGACUACAAACCCGCGAGUCUGCCGUCAAACCCCCACCGUAAGGAUCCCUUCGUGCGAGCUGCAGGCUGUUGAAGACGCAGGCGAGACGACCCGCUUCUGGUGCCGACUCAGUGACCAAAAUGUUUUCCUACUGCUGUGGGCUGGGCAUGCAUCAAGACCGGAUCCACGCCGCUUCUUGUGGAGCAGCGAACCAGGUCUGCGCACCAAUUUGUGAGCCACAGGUUGUCCUCAUCGAUAACCUUGAGCUCGCCGUCCACGCAGAGGACCAAGUUGCCUACUAUGACUUCAUGCACUUGAACAGCACGCCAGUGAAGGCGACUGAUAGGGUUCUCAAGCGGGACCCAACCGCCAGUGCACCUUCUCAAUUCGAGAACUCCAGCAAAGGAAGCGAUCCACGAAUGUCGUCCGCUGCAACAGCCUCAACCAUGGAAGAGCUCGACGAAGAUUCUUAUCCUGACGCCGUCUCGGAGCACAGAUCGCAGGUGGAAUGUGGUGUAGCCCGUCAGCCGCAUACAGCGCCUGACAAAAUCUGUUUAUCUGUUCGCCCAGUAUCUCAGCAACAUUCGCCCUCUUUCACUUGUGCAACAAUUCCUACGGCUGCGCACUUUCAGACUUCGCUAAGCAUGCACAGGCAGCGCAGCAGUGGGCCGGAGUGGACCCGUUCUGCUGUGUCUCGUCUGUCCGUGCCUUCUGAAGAAAUGCAUCAAAAACACUUGGACUAAGCUCUCCAAUUGUGCUCAGAGUUACGGCGGACUCAAGGGGAGGUGCUCGUGUCUUGUGAAAAUGCUCAUGUGGCCGCCUCAUGCCGUUCCGGGGCCAAUACGUCUCCGCGACAGUGGUGAGGCGGAGAGAGACUGCCCAGUCGUGAAGGCGCAUAAUACUUGUUCACAUU